AUGGCUGCCACCGUCAACGUCGAGAACAUCAGCAUCAAGACCAGCGAGGAUGAGAUCAGAUCCUUCUUCAGCUUCUGCGGAAAGAUCCAGUCGCUCAGCGUGAAGCCUACUGGCGAUGACACGCAGUCAGCUUCCGUUACCUUCGAGAAGGCCGCCGCUGCAAAGACUGCCCUUCUCCUUGACAACACACAGCUAGGCCCAAACUCGGUUCAUGUCACCUCCGCGAAGUCCAUUGACGAACUCGCUGGCGAGAAGGCUGGAUCUGCGGAGGAGGCCAAGGACGGUGACCACCACAUCGAGCAGGAACAGAAGCCACGUGCCCGCAUUUUCGCCGAGUACCUUGCCCAUGGCUAUGUCAUCUCCGACAAGGCCAUCGAGUCUGCCCUCGCAGUAGACAAGCAGAAUGGCUACAGCGCAAAGUUCAUGAAUGCCCUCAACAACUUCGACCAAAAGACCCAGGCGACCCAAAAGGCACAGGCCGUCGACCAGAAGCUCGGUGUCACCAACAAGGCCCUGGCUGCGUUCAACAGCUUGAGCACCUACUUCGACAAGGCUGCCAACACCCCAACUGGGCAGAAACUCCGCGCCUUCUACGAACAGGGCAACAAGACCGUCAUGGACGUUCACCAAGAGGCACGCCACCUCGCAGACCAGAAGAAGGCUCAACAGAGCGGCAAGUCUACGGCUGAGGGGGACAACGCAAAUGUUGUUCCAGGCUCAGGUAGCACCACGGAGAAGGCUGCUGCUCCCUCGACCUAG